CUAGAAGACUAUAUAACGAUAUAUCUUGACGAUGUUUUAGUAUAUUUAAGCCUUAACCUAGACCUUAAGAAAUAUAUAUUUGUAGUAAAGGAAGUUAAGUACCUAGGGUAUAUCGUAGAAGCUAGGGUCUAUAUCCGCCCUAACCCUAAGAAGAUUAAGGCUAUCUGUGAGUAG